CUCACGCGUAUAUAUCGGGAGUGCCCGACUAGUUUUGGACUCAACCGGAGUCCUUAAUCAUGAACUGACGUGGCGAGGACGCGAGUUCGACUCGUUACAUCAUUGAAUAACAGUCUGAUUAUAUUUUUCUAUUUUCGAUCCCGCACUUUGGAAUUAAAUAGUUGUGUCGCAAGAGAUUUCAAAAAUAUUCAAGUUACAUGCACAAUACACUGAGACUCAGAACGAGCAUUCCUAUACCCACCUUACAAAUACUUGAACUAAGCAGGGGUCAAACUAAAAAAAUAUUAAUCUUAUAUCGUGAGAGAGAACAAACAAGGAAGAAUGGACAAAACGAAAUAGGAUUGGCAUUAAAUAAAAAAAACUAUUCUGCUAUCACUAUAAGGUUUCUAACGUGCCCUCAACAUAGCAUCCACCUUACAGUUUUAUCCGUAUUAAGGAUUGAAUUAACAGAAAUCUGUGCCACUGUGCGAGCCACAGCGCCGCUAAUCCGAUCAGAGGUGUCACGGCGGAUAAUCUCUAAAAUCGUGUUACGAAUAAUGAUAUAAAAUGCAAGCGUGAGCUGUCACCACCAGCAGUCAGUCAGUGGAGUGGGCAGUCGGCACACUACCGAGGACUGCUCACAUUAUUCUUCAAACAUGUAUAACCAAACGGAAAAUUCCUACUAUGAUGCACAUUUUGCACCUUUCAAAUCGGGUGGUCCCGGUGAAGUGGAGAUGCUCGGCGCAGGUCUCACCGGUGAAGACCUGGCGAUGGUGCCCGAGCACUGGCUGUCAUACCCGGCACCACCAGCCAGCGCGCACACUGCAUUAGCAUUGCUAUACAUAUUCUUUACUGCGGCAGCUCUGGUCGGAAAUGGACUAGUUAUCUUCAUAUUUUCUACAACAAAAUCUUUAAGAACCUCAAGCAAUCUUCUCAUUCUGCAGCUAGCUGUUUUAGAUUUUAUAAUGAUGGCGAAAGCUCCUUUAUUUAUAUACAAUAGUGCAAAUCGCGGUUUCGCGACUGGGACCCUCGGUUGUCAAAUAUUUGCGUUGAUGGGCUCUUACAGUGGUAUCGGGGCAGGCAUGACUAAUGCCUGCAUCGCAUAUGACAGGCAUUCAACAAUCACUCGCCCUCUGGACGGCCGGUUAUCACGUGGCAAAGUUCUUCUAAUGAUAGCUUGUAUCUGGAUAUACAGCACGCCGUGGGCUCUUCUUCCACUCUUCAAAAUCUGGGGUCGAUAUGUGCCUGGUACGUUUUACACCUAAUGCUGAAUCUGUUGCUAAAAUCUUCUAAAUAGUAAUUGCUCUGUUUGUUUAUUUACAGAGGGAUAUUUAACGUCCUGCA